UCUAUCUAGUCUAUGUUUCACGGCUGCUGACCGAUCAUGUUUUGAAGUGGGUAGAAGCUAAAUGUGUUACUUUUGUGAUGACUGUUCGAGUUAUUUGUAAGAAUGCCAAUCCAGGCGCCUCAAUGGACGGAUUAUUUGAACUGUCCAGUGUGCUGCCGCGAAUUCGGUGCUCCGCCCCGCAGCCCCAUUAGCCUCGGAUGUGGCCACACACUAUGCAGACAAUGCCUCAAACAUUUACACAGGAAACAAUGUCCGUUCGAUCAGGCAGCCAUUCAAGUGGAACUCGAAGAGCUGGUAGUAAACACGGCACUACUUCAGCUCGCAGGAUACACGCCGCCGGCGCAGCCGUACCACCCACCUUCCAUACAAGCGCUUCCCGACUCCGACAAACAGGCUUACGACAGCAUCGUCAAAUGUAUGGAACACCUCUCCGUUUACCUCAAGUACUGUGGCAAUGUGAACAACAGUGUCGCUGGCAGCCGGCUGUCGCGGCCGAUGCUUCGCAAGCUGGUGGUGCUGCUUCAGUGCGCCAUCACCGACGAAGAGGGGCGCGGGAGGGCGGCGAGAGCGGCGCGAUCCCUCGGCGAGAGGACCGUCACAGAACUCAUUCUGCAGCAUCAGAAUCCUCAGCAGCUGAGUGCGAACCUUUGGGCGGCGGUGAGGGCUCGUGGCUGCCAGUUCCUUGGACCCGCGAUGCAAGAAGAAGUUCUAAAGUUAGUGCUACUCGCACUAGAGGAUGGUUCUGCACUCUCUAGAAAGGUGUUAGUGAUGUUUGUAGUCCAAAGACUGGAGCCUCAUUUUCCGCAGGCUUCUAAAACUAGCAUAGGCCAUGUCGUCCAGCUCCUAUACAGAGCUUCUUGUUUUAAGGUAUCAAAACGCGAAUGCGACUCCUCUCUAAUGCAACUCAAAGAGGAGUUCCGAACAUAUGAGACGUUGCGCCGGGAGCACGACGCUCAGAUAGUGCAGAUCGCUACGGAGGCAGGGCUUCGGAUAGCUCCGGACCAGUGGAGCGCUUUACUGUAUGGGGAUACUGCGCAUAAGAGUCAUAUGCAAAGCAUUAUAGAUAAAUUGCAAACUCCUCAAUCAUUCGCGCAGUCAGUUCAGGAGUUGUUCAUCGCUCUGCAGAGGACGGGAGACCCUUCGCAGCUGAUCGUCAUGAGUCUACACCUCGAUAGGCUAGCUAACAUCGAUGCUAGCCCUGACGCCAAGAGUCCCACGUGGCAGCAACUAUCAGAAAUCAUGACGUCUCUCAAGGAGGUGCUCGCAGGACUGGUCCAAUACUUGCAGCAGCAGGCCACGGGCAGAGACUCCAACCAUAACCAGAAGCACUCCAUACCGGACCGGUGUCUGGAUAAUACUACCAGCCAAGUUUCGCCACAAACAGCGGCUUCGACCCCGACUCACACAAAGUACAAAGUGUCCAUGUGUCGAGACGCCGCAACCCGGUCCUUCUGUCCCCGGGGAGCUUCGUGCACCUUCGCGCAUUCCGAAGAAGAACUCGAAAGAUUCAGAAUGAACGGAAAUUAUUACGCGCCCUUGCACGGGAGUCAGCCGAUGAACCCGAACUCUUCGGUGCCGAUGCACGGCAACCCGCCGGGGCCCAUGCUGGCCAACCCCCCGGGGGGCCCGGGUGCGACGGGGCCGAUGCCGGGCCAGCCGCCGAUGCCGAUGCCGGGGCAGCCGCCGAUGCCAGGGCAGCCGCCGAUGCAGAUACCGGUGCAAAACGUGCCAGCUUAUUCCUACGCUAUUCCCCACGAAGGAUUUCCAUUCAAUGUGCCGCCGCCGAUAACCAAUGUUAAUAUUAACAUACCAGCAGAAAUGUCGGACCAUAUGAAUGGACACCACGGCUAUCCGACCCAUCCAAUUAGGAUUAGUCGUGAGAUUGUAAUACCGUCUACUGGAGAGCGGUAUUUCUGCCGGUACACACAGCGGAUUCCCGAUGUAGUACCCUAUCGUAGUUACGUACAAAACAACAGGCCGGUUUACACCAACCAAGAACCGCCGCUGCCGCCGACUCCUACGGAGGACUUGUAUAAUCCUAUCAUCGCAGCAGAGUUACUGCCAGAGUACAGAGUCAACGCUAAUCCCUAUGGGCCGAGACCAGAUGCCGUGUGGGCACCAAACCCAGACGAUAUGUUCUCUUUUAGCGACAUGAGAAACGCAUUGCCGCAGCCACAAACUUUACCGGAGACGUUCUCCGGUCAUCAAGGAGUUAUCCUUCCGAUACGCUCCCGUCGUUCCUCUCCCGUCGACGGCUUGGGGCCCCUCACGGUCGGGGGCCCAGUGAUAGUGCCGGGGCAGGCCCCCAACCCAGAGCCGUAUCAGGCUCCCACUGUGGCCGUCACCGUGACUGGCAAUGGGCCCGUCCCUUCUCCAAACCCAGUUGGGCGAUUGGUGCUUGGUACUGAUCUGUGCGCAAGAGAGAGGGCCCCUCAACCACUCCCAAACCUCUCCCAGGACGGAUACACGGGAAUUGAUGAUCAAGAGUUGGAAGAGGGGUUACAGGCGCUCGAGCGUCGCAUCGUCACCGAGUUCAGGAACGCUGACUGAGUAACGACACAUCUCUCCCAGUACCUAGUUUGUACAGUGUUUAAAACAACGGGGAAACAUCCAACAUAUUAAUGUCAUCGUUUUAAUACUUUUUUUGUAGAAUAUGCUAAAUUUCUUUUAAGGUAACCACACACAUAUGGCCGAGCGCCGCGAAUCUCGCUCGAUAGUGUUUUGUCAGUGACAAAUGUCAUUUGAUGCGCUUCGCCAAAGGAGAUGUUUCAAAAUGGGGAAAAAUAUCUAAAAGCGUUUUCGAUGAUCCAGUUAAUUUAAUUUGGUUUUGUUUGGCUAUAAAAUACAAAAAAUA